AUGACCCAACAGACACUAUCACCCCGACACUGCUCUAUCACGCGUCCAACUCUAUCACCCCGACACUGCUGCUACUAGAUAGAGACGAAUCCAAGGGAGCAUUAUAAUCGCGUCAUUUAUUCCCCAACAGAAUUGGAGAAUACUGUGGUAGUUCAGAAUUCGGAGAGAUAGCUGGAGACAGCAGCGGGAAGCCGGGGACUCUCUCGUAUAGUUCAGAGAGAGAACUGGAGAACUGGAGACGGAUGGCGCCCAAGGCGGCGUCACUACUGUGGCUUCUCAUGCUCUUCUCGUGCGCGUCGGCGAUCGAUCGCAGCCAGUUCCCUCCUCCUUCGGAGUUCCUCUUCGGGACCUCCACUUCUGCUUACCAGAUUGAAGGCGCAUAUUUGGAGGGCAAGAAAGGCCUAAGCAAUUGGGAUGUCUUCACUCAUAAGCAAGGCACAAUUCAAGAUGGAAGCAACGGCGAUAUUGCUGCUGACCACUACCAUCGUUACAUGGAAGACAUUGAAUUGAUGCAUUCCUUGGGUGUCAACUCAUACCGAUUCUCCAUAGCAUGGACAAGAAUUCUGCCAAGAGGCCGAUUUGGUGAUGUUAAUCCAGAUGGUGUAGCAUUUUAUAAUGCCAUUAUUGAUGCUCUUGUACAAAAAGGAAUACAACCAUUUGUUACAAUAUUUCAUUACGACACUCCGCAUGAACUUGAAGAGCGAUAUGGUGGAUGGUUGAGUCCCGAAAUAAAGAAGGACUUUGGUUACUUUGCAGAAGUAUGCUUCAAAAUGUUUGGCGACCGAGUAAAAUUCUGGGUUACAAUGAAUGAGCCUAACUUAUUGGCAAAAUUUUCUUUUAUGGAUGGACGGUACCCUCCUGGUCGUUGUUCCAAGCCAUUUGGGAAAUGUGCCUUUGGAAAUUCCUCAAUAGAGCCAUACAUAGCAGGUCACAACAUGAUACUUUCACAUGCAAACGCUGUGAGCAUUUACAGAAAGAACUACCAGGAGAAGCAAGGUGGAUAUAUUGGAAUUUCUGUCUACACAAGAUGGUAUGAACCAUUGCGAAACAGCACAAUCGACCUACUAGCAGUUGAACGGGCUAUAUCCUUCAAUGUUCCAUGGUUUUUGGACCCUAUAAUUCUUGGUGACUAUCCUCCCGAAAUGCGCAGGAUAUUGGGUUCAAACCUACCUCAGUUCACAUUAAAGCAGAGGAAGAAACUGCGUGUUACGAAAUUGGAUUUCAUCGGACUAAAUCAUUAUUCAACAUGGUAUGUGAAAGACUGCAUCUUUUCACCGUGUGAACUGGAUCCUGUAGAUGGGGAUGCGCGAGUGGUUAGUUUAGCAGAAAGAGAUGGGGUGCUUAUCGGUAAAGAGACAGGAGUGCCAUUUAUUUAUGAUGUUCCACAUGGGAUGGAAGAUGUGGUCGUGUAUUACAAACAAAGAUACAAUAAUACAGCAACAUAUAUCACAGAAAAUGGUUACCCUCAAGCAAGCGAUAUCGGCAUGAGUGCUAAUGAUUUUACCAGUGACAAAGGAAGAAUUGAUUUUAUAAGUGGCUACCUCAAAUUUUUAGCCUCGGCGAUAAGGAAAGGAGUUGAUGUACGUGGUUACUUUAUGUGGUCUCUUCUUGACAACUUCGAGUGGACGUCUGGAUAUACGGCAAGGUUUGGGCUCUACCAUGUCGACUUCAAGACACAGAAGAGGACCCCAAAACUAUCAGCUGAAUGGUACAGGAAGUUCCUCAAAGGUUCACUUGUGACAAGAAAGUUCCAAGAUGGAUCCCAACCCCAGCGAAAUUCUUCUUGAGACACUGAUGGUUUGUUUUCCCCGUGACUGGUUAUUAUGUAAACAUGAUGCUUCGUGUACUGAUCGGGAUCAGCACAUGAGUUUUUCUUCUGCACGAUGGAAAGGGUUAUCAUAUGGAAUCUGGCAACUGAAUGAAAGGGAAAAAUGUUUUUU